GGCGGCUGAGGGGGGGAUGGGUCGUUGAAUGAUAAAAAAGCAGAAGGCAGGACUGUUCGAUACAGUGGUAAUUGUAUUUAUCAUAAACAGCCCGUUUACAUAUUGAUAAUAUUGAUCUCAGCGCAGCGCCAGGUGAGUUUGUGGGGAUGACGAUGCCACAUGUGGGGGCAGUGUUCGCUGCAAUAGCAGGAGUGAUGGCCAUCCUGUUGCACUCCUCCAUUCACAAGAUAGAGGAGGGACACCUUGCUGUAUACUACAGGGGUGGGGCACUGUUGACUACUCCAAAUGGUCCUGGAUAUCACAUCAUGCUGCCUUUCAUUACCACCUACAGAUCAGUGCAGACCACACUUCAAACAGAUGAGAUAAAGAAUGUGCCUUGUGGAACAAGUGGUGGUGUGAUGAUCUAUUUCGACAGGAUAGAAGUCGUUAACAUGCUGGUACCCUUAGCAGUGUUGGACAUUGUGAGGAACUACACUGCUGAUUAUGACAAAACUCUAAUUUUCAACAAGAUUCACCAUGAACUCAACCAGUUCUGCAGUGUACACACGCUACAGGAGGUCUAUAUUGAGUUGUUCGACAUUAUAGAUGAGAACUUGAAGACUGCAUUGCAGAAAGAUCUGAAUGCUAUGGCACCCGGACUUACAAUACAGGCAGUCCGAGUUACCAAGCCAAAGAUCCCAGAGUCUAUCCGGAGGAACUUUGAACUCAUGGAAGCGGAGAAGACUCGUCUGAUGAUAACAGUUCAGACACAGAAGGUUGUGGAAAAGGAAGCAGAGACUGAAAGGAAGAAGGCCAUUAUUGAGGCUCAGAAAUUGGCCCAGGUUGCUGAGAUCCACUUCCAACAGAAGGUGAUGGAGAAGGAGACGGAGAAGAGGAUUUCUGAAAUAGAGGAUGGUGCCUUCUUAGCGAGGCAGAAGGCUAAGGCUGAUGCAGAAUAUUACACAGCUUCCAAGAUAGCUGAAGCAAACAGGUUGAAGUUAACCCCGGAGUACCUGGAGCUGAUGAAGUACCAGGCCAUAGCAGCUAACAGUAAGAUCUACUUUGGCCAGGAAAUCCCUAACAUGUUUGUUGAGGGAAACAACAGCCCCCCUAAGUCUGGACGCUCCAAUGCUCAACCAGACUUGCUUAAAGAGAAGCUAGAUGGGUAGUGAGUCCACAGCUCUGCCUCUGCACAGGACGGGAGAACCUGAUGAUUUGUCUUGUGAGGUGGAGAGCACUAAACUGAAGAUGAUGGGUGGGAUAGCUUUGCAGCUAGUGUGAACAACACACUUCAGUCUUAAAUCUAAAUGGCAAAGAAAGAGUGAGAAUUUAAGGACACACAGAAGUGAGAGCUAGGAAAGGCAAGCUAAAAGGGAAAGAUUUUUUUUACCUUCCACUCUUUGGAAAAAGACAAGUUUUAGGAAUGAGAAUGAUGCCAUAGUUUAAAAUCAAAAGCAUAAUAAGUGCUUAUGCCUGGGGAAGGCGACAGCAAGUAGUCGCCCUAAUUUACAUGUGCUUGCAACCAGUGCAGUGUUUAACUUUGCUGUUGGAUCUGCAUUCAUUUUGUUUGUUUGUAUGCAAGAGGAGUGAUUUUGUGAUGAAAAUGUAUAGGAUUUUUGACAAUUAAUUUCUAGUUUGAAUUAACUGGAAUCUUGACAGGUGACACUAAUUAAAAGCAGGAUGGUUUGUGUAAGUGUGUUAUGCGGGUAGGUCAUCUCUAUGCCAUCUUCUCUUACACUAAAUCACUAGUUGGCUCUUCUCUCUCUCAACACGAGUCAGUGUGAGGGCUGUUUAAUCUCACCUUACAGUAUCAAAUGCUGCAUAGUUAUGGCAGGUUAUUUGCUGUAGUUAGAGCAUUAUACAUGUUAUUAUAUCAGCAGAAGAAUGGAGCCCACUUACAUUUCCCAUUGGCUGAAAUCAUACAGUAGAGCCCGACCAAUAUAUCAGCCUGUUGUGUCCUAUUAGUGUAUAUGUUAGCCUAUAUGCACCAUUGGUUGAACAUGUAUAUGUUAAAUUAUUAUUAUUUUAAAGAAUAUUAACGUAAAUAUUCUUUAAUAAAGUUAUUUGUUGAAGAAAGCAGGCUCCUGAUUACCUUUGCAUAGUCAUAUUGGUGUAAAAUCCGCAUAGAAAAGAGCUAAUAAAAAGUCGCUAUAUGAGCCGCCAUAUCGGUAAUCAGUGAAAUUCAACCCCUCUAAAGUUGGUAUGGGCCUCAAAAAUCCUGUAUCAGUCGGGCUCUGUCCUACAGACAUGAAAACGAGUGGUGAAAUUUAUUUAAAAUGUUAAUGUUCGAGAAACGAGUGGCCUGACUUCGUUAAAUUUUCACCUGAGCCUGCAGAAAGUUAGGUAUUACUCUACAGAUACUCAAGUCUUUGAGGUUGGAGGGCUGUCAUCAUGUGUUCACAGUUUCUAUAGUUAAUAUAAAGUGGUGUCAGAUUGGUAGUCAUGUAGUUUAUCCUCCGCUAGCUUGGUGAUAGUUUGCUGUUAGUAGUUGUGGUUGAGAGAGCACCCACCACAGAAAGACUUGAGACGCUGCACCAAAACCUACUGUGGCACUUACUGUAAAGCCAACUGAGAAAAAUCUGACUUUCAAAAAGAUAAUCUAAGAACUAAUUAAUAUGUGAGCGAAACAAUAAAACUGUUGAAUAAUAGUGCCACUGGAGGAAGUCAUGAUUUGUUUUUUCUUGUCAAGAAGUCCGCACAUGUUUCUUUCUUCCAUCUGGUUUUUAUUAUCAGGGCUGUGCAUGUGGAAAUUUGUAGUGGCUUGAUUCAGAUGAUUAGUAGUGCCUGCAAUUGUCUGCCAACUCUGUUAUACAGCUUAUUUAGAUGUGGUUGGAAUGUAAAUUCUCAGGAAACUGACUUUUAUUUUAGUAAAACGGCUGCUCGAUGUUGAACAGAGCUUACACUCUUCAAAAGUCAAAAAUUGACAGUUGUGCCAGAAAAUAAAUUUACAUAUAUGCUGCAUGUUAAAAUAAAAUCUGUUAAAUGAAUCUGGGGACACACAAGUAUGAACAGUGAAGUGGUGAAACAAGAAAAUAACUAUUUGAUUUGAGGAUAAGCAAAGCUAUGAUUUAGUUUCAAAUGAAAGUCCAAAACACCACCACUAGAAUCUACAUUUGUGUCUUCUGCAAACAUUUAAAGUGACAUUUUUAUUGCACCAUCUAUUUACAGUAGGUGUGUGUGACAUUGAAUAUUAAGAGGACGUUGGUUUGUCAAAGUAGAAAUAAUAUAAACAAAAGCUCCUUUCCUCUGUCAGUGUUAACAUUUCUCUGUAAUUCAAGAACUGCAAUGUUUUUUUUAAUCUUUGCUAAACAAGAUAAUAAGGAUUUUAAUGGCAACGCGCAACUUCUAAUUACAACAUUAACCUACAAGACAUGAAUUUCAGUACUGCACAAACACAUGCUUUGUUUUCUUUAAAGAUGAAUGUUAAUGGGCUUCAAUAAGAUGCAAGUUGGUGCUAGUUUUUAUUGUGUUUAAGCUUUGGAUUUUGUUCAGCUCUGUUUGAGAAACAUGGAAAUACUUCCACCAUUCAGAAUUCAAGCCUUAAUAAUAACAUUGGGUUAUCCCAGACUUAAAGAUUCAGUGAUUCUUACGAACUAAAAAAAAGCUCCUUUUGAACUUAACUGUGAGACCUCUUUAGAGCUCGGAUGUACAGGCUGUCCUCUGCGGCCUCCUUCGUAGACUAACUGAGAAAGACCGAACUAGCAGUGGACACUACUAGUGUUUGGAAGAUGUGAUGUUUACUUGACCUCUGAAUGGCAGUUAGAGCUGUUUGCUUUGGUGGUGGGUUCAAAUACAGAUGCAAAAGAGAGGUAUGAAUCACUCAUAGAAAUGAUUUUUUUGGUCAAUAUUUUGUACAAUCUGUGAAAUUCAAACAUUGUCUCUUUGUUUUAAAAGGUUUAUAUGCAAAAUAUGUUUUCAAGUUUUGACAAUGUUCUUAUGUAAAAUUAAAACCUAUUUUGGUA